CGAUCAUAUCUUAUACACACAUCACCCGAGCCGAGCCCGAGCAUAUCCCUAAGGGUUCAAAACCACGAUGCUCGUGGGCGGGUGGGGCUCGCCUUUUGUCAUCAUCCACAGACAGCUUUAUACUUAUGAAUAGAUAAAAAGAGUAGCAAGAUUUCGAGGCCCGACAUUGUCCUAAAAGAGGCCUAAAAUCUGUGCUAAUCAAGUCAUAAAAACUUCACCUGCAAAAAGGUCCCCUCUUUAUAAAUAAAAGGCCACAUAUUGAUGUAAUUCAAUCUGCACAGACAGCUAAUCAGUACUUUCUUUUCAUGCAUGAAAGAUUCAAAGUGUUCCAAACUCUAGUCAAAUUCCUUGGAUAAAUAGGACAAGAAAUUGUAUUCCCUCACCUCCACCAACAAUGGACUCCUUCAAAUUCCCUCAAGGCAGCGACGAGUGCAGCAGCAACGAGUCGGGGUGGACCGCAUACAUAGGCUCACCACAUCAAGAAGCUGAUCACGAUGACGAUGAUGAUGAUGAUCGCGAUCGUAGCAAAGAUGGAAAAGAGCACAAGGAGAAAGAUGCCGACAGUGAUGAUUCAAUGGCUUCUGAUGCAUCCUCUGCUCCCAGUGGUCAGUAUGGGCAUUUCAACAAACACCUUGCCUACGGAAAUGCAAAGACCGCCAAUCAACGAAAACAUGGCGCUAAGAAAGACCAAAAACAAGGCGACAUGAAACGACAUGCUGAGAAGAUUAAGGCAGCAAAAGACAAGGCAGAUUCCGCUACCAGAUCCAGAAAGAAGUAAGAAAUCAUUUCAUUCUUUUGUUUCUCAGAGGUGAAGCGGUAUAUAAGGAAUGCACAAGUUAGUAAAAAUACAUUUUUGCAGUUUGUCCAUUCAAUUAAACACCUAGGAUUCAAAUCAGACACCAAUAUCAGUUGUGAAAUAGCUGAUACCAUUAAAAAUUUUGUCCUUUGUAUGUUUAUGUAUGUAUUAUGCAGAUCAGAUGCAUUCAAAAUCAGUUGCAAUGUUUUUUGCAAACUC